GAUGUUUUUAAGGACCUUUUUUUAAAAUACACGGGUGAAUGUGUGCAGGAGCACAAGUUUCUUCAGAUUUUGGAUCCCAAAUGUGUUUCAUAGGAUCCAGAAGGUUCUUUUUCCUCUGUCAAUAUUUGUGACUGGUUAAUGAUCAAUCUCUUGACCUCAUAGCUGUUCCUGGUGUGCAUCCAAAUCUCUCUCCUGUCUUCCUCUAAAAAAAAAUAAAGCAAAAAGUGAGUAUAAUUGCACGGUUCCAUGUAAAGGGAGUGCGUUCUGGAUCCUGUGUUUUUGGACAAAGACACAGGGAGCAGAGAGGUAUGUGCUGCCACAUCCUGGUCAGUUAUUUAGCCUGGGCAGGUAAUGUGGAGGAAUGCAAACUUCUCUGUUCUAACUUUUACUGCCAGGUGUGUUGCGGUUUCCUCAGGGGGGUUUGCACAUGUGGUCCUACUUGCCAAGCCCAUCAGUAAUUAGAGAGCAGCUGCCAUCAUUAACUGCUGGAUGGUGUGUGCAGCUCCACCCCUGGCCUGGGCCCUUCGAAGCUCAGACUUGGCCGGCUCUGGAACUGGCUCCUGCUCAAUCUGGGCCUGAUCCAUGGCUCCCGUGUUCAUUGGAGCAUGUUUGUGGCUUCUGUGGGCUUUGGGUCAGACCUUGCACCGCACCCCGGGCUGGGGCUUGCUCUGUGCUUUGCCUUGUGAGUUGUUGGGAUUCAUGUGGCAGCGCAGUGACUUGGAGAAACGAUGGCAAUCAGAUCAAAAUGAGCUCAGAAAUCAGCAGGAAGUCAGAGGAUUCACAAUGCUUGCUAAGAUGGAGAGCAGUUCCUUGCGGGUGCUGUUUCUCCUGCUGAUGUGCUCCAUCCACGGCAGCCCUCUGGUUUCAUGUUCAGUGUUCGUGAGAAAAGACGAAGCACACGAGGUGCUGAAAAUCCAUAAACGUGCCAACUAUUUCCUAGAAGAGAUACGUCCAGGGAACUUGGAGAGAGAAUGCAAUGAGGAAAAGUGCUCCUUUGAAGAGGCUAAGGAGAUCUUCCAUUCGCAGGAGAAAACAAUGGAGUUCUGGUUCAAUUACAGAGGUUUAAAUCCAUGUAGUUCCAGUCCCUGUAACAAUGGUGGAGUAUGCAAAAUAAGACACUACAAUUACUUCUGCAUCUGCCCCCCCAGAUUUGGGGGACACAACUGUGAAAAAGAGCAGCUGGAGUGCUGGUAUAAGAACGGCGGGUGCUGGCAGUACUGCCAGGACAGCAGCUCCUUCCACGUGGUCUGCUCCUGCGCGAAGGAUUACAGCCUGCAUGAGGAUGGGAAGCGAUGCGUGCAAGCAGCACCGUUUCCUUGUGGCCUGAUUAAAGCCAGGCAGGCUCGGAGUGAAGAGCAGCUGGGGCAGGUGAGGCUGCCGAGGAGAUUGUCGGAGCACCGGGAUGAUCUGGCCAAGUGGAAUGAGAGCAUGGAGGGCACAGUUAGACAAACCAGGCUGGAGCAAAGGGCUGGGGAAAACCAGACCUUAAAGGAUGCCUUUGGACAAAGCGCACUCAUAGAGCAUGAUGCUGGACCAGCUGAGGUGGCUGAAGAUGCUUCCAGCUGGAACAAGACACUGGUGGGCUCUGUGACCCAGGAGCCGCAGGGGGAUGUCCCUGCGCAGGAAGAGGCGAUAGAGGGGACCAGCAGGCCUGGCAAGCCCUGGGGUGAGCCAACCCAGGAUCCUGCAGGGCUGCAAGGAACAGCAGAAAAUGCUGCUGGGCAAAAUGCAAUGGGGGAAAGUGCUACCCAGAAUGAUACAGGGGCAAAACAAACCAUGAAUGAUGGGCUCAGUCAGAGCAGGGGAAGCGAUUCUGAUGCACAUCGGUUCACCCAUAUAAACACCAGUGCUGCUGUAGAACACAAUGACUCCAGGAUAACAGGGGGAACAUUGUGUCACCGUGGCCAUUGCCCCUGGCAGGUUUUGAUCCGGAACAGUAAGGAUAUUGGUUUCUGUGGCGGGAGUUUAAUCAGCAGUCGCUGGGUGGUCACUGCUGCUCACUGCCUUGAUCUCGUACGACCACACCACGUUACUGUAGGUGACUUUGACAAAUACCAAAGAGAAUUCAAGGAACAGAAAAUUCUUGUGGAACAGAGCUGGACGCAUCCACAUUAUGAUUCCAAUGACUACAACAGUGAUAUUGCCUUGUUGUACCUGAGCAGCGAUGUUAUUUUUAAUGAGUACGUCAUUCCCAUCUGCCUGCCGAGCCCCAGCCUUGCCAGGCUGCUGUCUGAAGAAGGAACAAUAGGAAUGGUAAGCGGAUGGGGUGCCACUCACAACAGAGGUUCCACACUGCGCUUCCUCAUGAAAGUCCAACUUCCAAUUGUAAACAUGGAGACCUGCCAGCGCUCAACAGACAGGCUGAUCACUGACAACAUGUUCUGUGCAGGGUAUGGCACGGAGGUCGCAGACGCCUGCAAAGGGGAUAGUGGGGGCCCUUUCACUGUGUCUUACCACAAUACGCGGUUUCUCCUGGGGAUUGUGAGCUGGGGUGAGGGCUGUGCUCAGCAAGGAAAAUAUGGUGUCUAUACCAGAGUAUCCAAUUACAUCUCCUGGAUUAAAGAGGUUGUGGAAAGUGUAGCAGAUUCAGGAAACUUUUCCAUUAACUUUUCUUAAUAUGUUCUUUGGAAGCAGCGACAAUUCUCUCUUACAGUGCUCCAGUCUAAGACAUUAUUCAGUUCCUGUCCUGAACAGUGUAAAAAUCAAGAUUAUUGUCAAAGAAAUAGAAUCACAGAAUGGUUUGGUAUGAAAGGGAGCUUAAAGCCCAUCCAGUUCCAACCACCUGCCCAUGGACACCUCCCACUGGCUCAGGCUGCCCAAGGCCCAUCCAACCUGGCCUUGAACACCUCCAGGGAUGGGGCAGCCACAGCUUCCCUGCGCAACCUGGGCCAAGGCCUCCCCACCCUCAGAGGAAAACAUUUCUUCCUAAGAUCUCACCUAAAUUUUGAUUCUGUUUACCAGAAAUGCUUAAAUCAUUCAUCCAGGUUUUCCUGAGUAAAAUACUUGCGUGUAAUAAAGAACAAUUCUGCAAAUAACAAA